CCUUACCUUCCUAGAGCCCAUUGAGGCUUCCUUACAAAUGGUGGUUGCAAGACGACACCUUCGACCAUGAUGGAGAACUUCACCUUCAUCCCUUUCUCGAUCGGAUCGCGUGUCUGCAUCGGCCGGAAGCACGUCACCGCUGUCUUCUCCCCUCCCUGCUCUGUGGCGUUUGUCGCUCGUUUUUCUCCCCCGACAUUUCUGACAUUUUACACAAGAGCUUUGUGUGGAUGGGGAUGCUUCGCUACGCUCUACAAACUAAUACAAUAUGACGAGGACCCAGACCGACCCGACAGCUUGCCGCGAAAGAUUCUUUGUCAAGAAUACCGAAUGCAGAAUUCGGCUGAAGCGACGACAGCCUGGAAACUAGAUCGCACGAAGGGAGCCGAGUAUUCUGUUUUCUUUAGUCCUUAAGGGCCCAAGCCCUACACAAGGUAUCGUACCUUCUCGUCUUAGGGUUCUUUACUAAGACAAGACGAUGACAACACGUGUUUCGGGACGGAAUAUAUCCCCCUCACUGCGAUCAUGAC